AUGGAGAGCGAUGCGGGAACAAAAAAAGCAGGCGGAGAUGGAGAGACGCAGAAGAAAAAGAAGACGACGACGUUGACCUGUGCGACGUGUAGGCGAGGGUUUACCCGGCGGGAUAGCUGGCGGCGACACCAGCAAACACAGCAAAAUGGUGCACGUCAGGGGACGAUAUCCAAGGCUGGGGAGGGAGAUGAGAAUAAAGGAAAAAAGAGGCGGACGAGGCCGUUCACCUGCCAGCUGUGUGCCAGGGACUUUACCCGGCGGGAUAACUGGCUGCGGCACCAGCGAACGCACCCCCGCCCUCACCCCACCGUACCCUGA